UGAUUGAUUUAAAUUGUAAUUGUUUUCAUUUAAAAUGCAAAGGGCAAUAUGCCAACCGUGCGUUCUGUGUAUUGAGAGAAAACGAAAGGAAAUGUGAUUUGAGUGCCGGGUAAUUAAGCUGAAAUAUGCAUGUAAAGCGUUUGAUAAAAUUCCCAAAAGAGUCAGAGUUUGUUGGAUGCUAUGAAAAACAAAGUCUUUCCUUUUCUAAAAGCAUGUUCUCCUUACUGCUAAGGAUAAUUUUGUAUUAAGAUAAUCCACUAAAUAAUGGCUUCCAUCAUGAUUAUUCGUCGGCUUGCAGUUGCAUUUCAUCAGUCAAGAAGGUUGUAUUGUAGUAACAUUAGCCAUGACCUUGCAAGCAGAAUUGCAGAGCUUAAUAAGGAAAUGGAAACGGUCUUUGGUGAACCUCCACCCAAUGGAUUUACUGGCUCUGUGAGUAACGAAUCCAAUGUUCAAGGAUCCCAGACAUCUUCAAAAAUAAGAAAAAGCAGUCCUGGCCUGACCCAUGUUGGCAGUACAGGAGCAGCACAAAUGGUGGAUGUUUCUCCAAAAGAACAUAGUAGAAGAACUGCCAUUGCUAGUAGCAAGGUAAUUUUGGGCCAGAAGGUAUUUGAUUUGGUCUUAGCCAACCAAUUGGCCAAAGGAGAUGUCCUUAGUGUCUCAAAAAUUGCUGGCAUUAAUGGAGCAAAGCACACCAGCAGCCUCAUUCCUCUUUGCCAUAAUAUUACCCUCAGUCAUGUUCGUGUUGAUUUAUCCCUGAAUGCUAAGGAUUUUAGUGUUGACAUAGAAGGGGAAGCAGUGUCAACAGGGAAAACUGGGGUUGAAAUGGAAGCAUUGACUGCUGUGACAGUUGCUAGCCUAACUGUUUAUGAUAUGUGCAAGGCUGCUUCAAAGGAUAUCCAGAUUACAGAUGUACAGCUCAAAUGUAAAACUGGCGGGAAAAGUGGAGAUUGGUAUAGAGAGAAAUAAUGAUGCCCUGGUUCUCGGUGGAUGAUAGUGCUGUCAUGGGCUCUGAGUAAGAAUAACUGGUUGAUUCUUGAAGGAACUUAUUGGCUAAAUUAUGUUUGGGUUUACUCUUUAUGACCAUGAAGAAUCAUUACUGAAAAUAGAAUAAGAACUGGAUUGCUAUUUGUUUGCAUCCGUUAUUUACACUGAUCUACACAUACUUCAGGGUGAACUAUUUACAUCCAACUUGCGUCUCUGUUUUACUUUCUUAUUGCGCAUUCAUUGUAUAUGUGCACAAUGUAUCAUAAAGUGUGUGGUCCUUGGAAUAUGGAGUUUCAGUUCUCUGGAUUGUUUAGUUGAAGGGAAUUACCAUUUGAGUA